AUGGGAAGAGAGCGGGGAGAUAGCAUCAUAAAUGGAGAUAACAGUUACAACACGGAUGGGAGUUAUAGUAAAUCCCACAACAACGACAGUGUUUUCGAGAAAGAGAGCGAUCAAGGUUUGCCGGAUUCAUCGCCACGAGGCGACGGUUUCAUUGAACAUCCCGUUUCCCGUUUCGAUACUCUGGCCGGCGUCGCCAUCAAAUACGGCGUUGAGGUAGCUGACAUAAGAAAGAUGAACGGUCUGGUUACGGAUCAUCAAAUGUUUGCUCUCAAGUCAAUUCAGAUUCCUUUACCAGGGCGGCAUCUGCCAUCGCCUUGCUUGUCAAACGGUUUCCAAAUGCCAGGACAAAGCAGUGCAAACCGAAGCCCUGCGCGAGAUUUGCCUCCUGAUUUGCUUGACUCAUUCCAGUCUUUAAGGCCAAAAACGACUCCUCCAAGGGUCUCCCUUGCAAUGACUUCAUUGCAAGGUUUUUAUGGCCUUAAACAAACAAAGAUAAAUACGAUAUCCGACGCUUUCGAGAUGGCAGUAUACAGGAAAGUAGAAGUUAAUUGUGUUGGGGAUGGUCCAUUCAUGAAACCCUCUUCUGCUUGCAACCUGCCUUUGAAGCUUCGCCGGAAUUGUAGAAGUGAAGCUAAUGGAUUUUUUAAUGACAAUGAUAAACUCAGAGCUUAUAUCAUGUCUCCUGGAGAAGCUAAAGAAGGUGAACACGAUAAAUCGAAAGACAAACAGCUCAGAAGGCGGCCGAAAUCCGAAGCCGACUUUUUUGCUCAUAGGCCUGCGAAGGUGUUCGAUGAUAACACAAGCGGUAGAGGAUUUUCCACGAUAGCGUCGAAAGGCUUGGCUUUGAGAUCCAAAACAGGAAGCCGGAGUAAUUUGUUAGUCGAUAACGAGAUGGAGUUCAGCCCCACAACGACAGGUGUUGGAGACGGUUACGUGAUUCAUGAACUUUCGGCAGUGAAAAGAUCAACGAGCACGCCGUGUUUGCAAGAUCCGGACAGUUGUACUGGUUUGUCAUCCAUAUGGCCAGCAUCGAAAUGGAGUUUAAAGCCGGAUUUACAAGUACUUUCGACCACCUCGAUUUUUGACGGAUUGUCGAAUCCAGUAUCUGGUCAUAAAAACAAAGCCGCACUUGAUUAGCCCCAGUCGCCUUCAUCGUUUUCACAUCGACAUAUCAUGUUCUUUGCUACAAUUGAA